UUAAAGGGGCUCAUCACGUCUGCGUUGUUAGUUCUACUUCCUGAAGAGCAGAGGAUCGAGUCUGCUGCCGACGCCAGCGGAUCCCAUCCUGGGUGCGGCCCCCGAAAUCCCGGGUCCUGACCGGCUCUCUGAGACUAUUUCUACCCUUGCCGAAUUUGGAGCGAGCCCAGAAACCUAUUGCAGGGACGGCUUGGCUACUCCAUCCCAUCCUGAAGUCAUAGCCCCUUCCAGCCUCCCUUUGGCUCCCCACUCCCUAACUUGGGAACUGGAAACGCUAGACCUUUGGACCUGCUCCCCAAAAUAUCGGCGCCAGCUCUAGGAUAUCUUCUGCUGGGAACUGAAGACAUUCUCUGCGGCCAAGUGAUUCCUCCUCCCCUCCAAAAGACUGCAUUCCUAUUUCCCCUCUCUGAUCACCCAGAAAUCAGCUUCUGUCCCGCCCAUCUGUCGGCUGGAACCCUGAAACGUAAUCUUCAGGUACCCCAGAAAAAGUUCUUCCCACACAUCUUGGAGUACUCCGAACCCAGCAUUUCUGAACCAACAGGCCAGCUGUUUGUCUCACACGAGCUGAUCUCUAAUUUGGCUCAACAUCCUUAACCAGCUGAGGCGCACCCCCAAACUGCUUUUUGUCUUUGGAAUCAGCCACAGGGCCGUCCCAGGACUGCACUGUAUCCCCAAACUUUUCUAUACCCUGAAAAUAUCCUCUACUGCUAAUUUUGCUGAGGUGUACCAGAGAGGCAGCUGCUGGGUACCCCUAAACUAUUCCCUACCUCAAAGCCAUCUGGUGUGAAUCUACAAAUCAGUUUCUCUACCGUACCCCAUAAACCCAGCCUCUUCUUUCCCAUCAGUAUAUCUCCUGUGCUCCUCAAAAUUCCCCCUCCUCCGAUGCCCUCCCAGGCACCCUCUUUUGGGGGGCCUGUGACACUGAAUGUGGGGGGAACACUGUAUGCUACCACCCUGGAAACUCUGACUCGAUUCCCAGACUCAAUGUUAGGGGCCAUGUUCAGAGAGGGUGCAGCACUGCCACCCAACUCUGGUCCUCAGGGUAGCAGCUACUACUUUAUUGACAGGGAUGGUAAAGCCUUCCGUCACAUCCUCAAUUUCCUGCGCUUGGGCUGCCUGGACUUGCCUAGGGGAUACGGGGAGACAGCUCUUCUGAGAGCCGAGGCUGAUUUCUACCAGAUCCAGCCCCUACUAGAUGCACUCAGGGAACUGGAAGUAACUCAGGGAACCGAGGUGGUCACAGCUGCCUUAUUCCAUGCAGAUGUGGAUGCCACCCCACGACUGGUCCACUUCUCAGCUCGUCGAGGCCCCCACCACUAUGAACUCAGUGCUGCCCGAGUUGACACCUUUAGGGCCAAUAUUUUCUGCACAGAUCCCACCUGUCUUGGGGUGCUCCGGGCCAGGUUUGGAGUUGCUGAAGGGGAAGGAGGAGAUGGAAGUCCCCAUUUCCGUUUGGAAUGGGCUCCCUGCCCAGAAGGGCUCCCUGAGGUUGAGUAUCGACGUCUAGGAUUGAAACAACUGUGGGCAGUAGGAGAGGCCGGUGAGAGGCGGGAGGUAUUGGGGACACCUGGGUUCUUGGAGGAAGUGCUCCAGGUGGCUCUGGAACAUGGCUUUCGACUUGACUCUGUCUUCCCAGAUCCUGAGGACCUGCUCAACUCUCGAUCAUUGCGUUUUGUUCGACAUUGAAGGAUAGUGACUUGGUUUGGGGGAAAUGGGAAGAGUCAAUAAAGUUGGGAGGGGGUUGCAAUCUCUACUCCUCUUAGAUCUGUAAGAAAUUUAGGAUCUUCUGGAAUGACUUGGAGGAAGUAGGAGCUGUGAGAGUUAAGGGGGACUCCCUGUCUAUCUCUUGACUGGAGCUUCAAUCUAGGGAGGAAUAGAAAAAUUGGAAAACCAACCCUCCCCUCUCUUCUAACCUAAUAGAAAUGAUUUUGAUCAGUCCCCUAAAGGGCUAUGAAAUUUGAAGGGCACCUUACGGUCCCCUACUGGAGCUCAGACUUGAAGAGGAGAGAAAAUAUCAAAAGGGAUUCCAAAUUAGAGGUUGGGGGGAAGUGAACUGUGGGAAUCCAAGUAUUAUCCAUAAACUUGGUAUAAUAAAGCUUAUUGACUUAUUGAUCCCAUACUCUGUCCCCAUGUUUCAUGCUGACAGAGAGUGGGGGAUGAGGCAGGGAGUCUUCCUUUGUGUCUCAGUGCUAUAUGUCUCUGGAUGACAAUAGAAUCUGUCAUUUGCCUUUUGAUCUCUGACUUUACUCCUUUCCCAGGCUCUGGGCUUUUCUAGGUCUGUUUUGGAGAGUACCUAUUACAGUGUUGUUCCUUGUUGUGGAAUGACUGGAUUGGCACAGGGUGUGUGCAUUUGUGUACAUCCAAUGGACGGAUAGAUAUUUUAUUGAACCAUAGGGUGUAUAUAUGAAUGCAUCCACAGUCCUCUGUCAACAGGGGUGAAGCUGUCUCUGUGCAUCUCUGUCUCUGAGAGAGCCUGGAUACAAAAGCUCUGGGAUUAUUUGGGCUGCUGAGGCUAUUGUGUAGAUAUUGGUUGCUGUAAUAACCAUGGUCCUGAUGCUAGGUUUCACUAUAAGUGGGAGGCCUGAGCAGCCCUGGGCUGAAAGAGAAAUUCAAUACAACAAACUGAAGAUUGGAAGAAGGGUUAAGAAGACUGAAGAGGAGGAAAAGGAAAUAGAAUAUUUACUCUUCUAUUUUGCACAGAUCUUUUUUUCAGAAGUUACUAUUUAUUAUUCAUAUAUAAUAAAUAAGAAAUGCCUAAGAAAUAAUAAAAGUAAAACCUUUUUAUACUGCAAA